AAACCGUAUUAAGUUACAUUUUGUAAAUGUGUAUAUUAUUUACUUGUGUAUUGCAAUAAAAUGAGUGUUGCCGGAUCUGUUGGAAGUGAUAUUGAAAUAUCAAAUUCUGAACAGAUGAGUAACUUGCCUAAAAAACAACACGCAAAAGUUAACAAUGUAGAAUCUCCAAGUGUCGAAAUAAAUUCUUCAAUAGUAGAAUUCCUAGAUCUGGAAAGAAAGUGCCUGAAUUCGGCCGGGGGUGACAAUAGUGAAGUUGAUCUUAAAACUUUGAUAGAGGAAAUUAACAGACUCUCCGGAGACUCGUCCCAUUCAGGUGCUGUUUUCGACGACGCCGGCGAUCGAAGCAUUGAAGAUAUUAUAAAUGAAGCUCAACGAUUAAUGGAUGAAAAUUGUGAAACUCAAGAGGAAUUGCAGGAGCAAACGUUUUCACCAAGAAGCCUUUCGAAUUCAAUGUCUGCCAGGAAAACAUCUGUGCAAAUUAAUAAUAAUCAAUCGGUCGAGCAAAAGUGUGAUCAAAAUUGCAGCAAAGCAAACUUUAAUGAGGAUGACUGUGCAAACGAAGAUGCGAUGAAUAAUUCUGCAACAUAUAACAAUGAAUCUUUUGAUACGGAAAGCGAUGCAUUUUCUUUGCCCGAAGACAACGAUGACCAGCCUGGGCAGGUGGAUGAAUUAGAAGCGCGAAGAUUACUACUGCGUACAGUAGAGGAAAUCGAUAAUCCAAUUAGUUCAAGAGCGGAAUAUGCUGAUAAAAGGUUUAACGGUAACGAUUUUGCGCCAUCUCCGGAACAACACAAUGAUCGUAGUAUAGGUGAUCAUUUGUCUAUUCAAUCUAAAUAUACGAAAAAAACAUCGAGGGAAAAGAAUUCAUCAAACUACUGUCACGCUUGUACAUCUCCUAUGAGUUAUGAUGGAGACCUUAACUUUCAGACCGAUGAUUAUAAGAAAAAAUUAAAGAAAUCUGAAGAAAAUGUGAAAGAACUAGAAGAACGACUGCAGGCCGCCAAGAUUCAACAUAACUCAGUUGCUGUCAGUUUUGCUAGCUUAACUCGUGAUCAUGCGGCACUCGAGACCAAAUGCUAUAACUUACAAGUAGAUGUAUCGAGAUUAGAAUCCUUAUUAAAAUCUGCUGAAAGUGAGGUAUAUAAAUAUAAGAAAAUUUCAAAUCAACUACGAGAUGCUAAUGCGAUGUUGCAAAAUCAAUUACAGAAGGAACGAGAUGUAAAACAAGCGUCGAUAACUUCUGAAGAGAACCAAACAAAAAUCAUUACAGAUUUACAAAGACAGAUUAGAGAAAUGGAACGCAUCUUAACUAAGAAGUAUCCGGAUUCCGUAUCAGCUCUUAUUGUUGCUUCUAAGGCGCCUGCGCUUACGGCUAAUGAUUCUGCUCGACGUCUACUGGAAGAAAGAAUUCAAAAAUUAGAAUCUCAAUCCAAAACUCAGACCACACAAUCCCAGACCAUGCUUCAGAGCGUACAGAGCAAAUUUGAUGCUAUGCAAUUUAAGUACGAAGCUCAUAUAGCCGAUCUCGAAUCGCAAGUCUUCAAUUUACAAAAAAUAAAUUCGGAAUUACAACACGAGCAUAAUAAAGCUUCAUCAAACAAACUGACAAAGGAAACGGAAACACAAACUGAAACCGUUAUUACAAAACCUCAGAAUUUUACGGCGAAGACCAAGAAAACGACUGUCGCGGUACAGACUCCAAAAAUUAUACAAAAGAUGCAGCCCAUAAAAAAUAAUAAACAGAACAUUGCCCAUGCAGCAAAUAAGGAGGAUCAACACUUACUGGCGACUAUAAGAGGUUUGAAACAAGAUCUCGCAGCUAAGGAAAAAACUAUCAGUAAGUCGUUAAAGGAACUUGAAGAGAACAAAAAGAUGGUAAAACGACUCCAAGCAAGUCUUAAAAUGCAAGGACAAGCUAAAGCUAAAGAAUAUGAUCCACAAUCGUUCACUGACACCGAUAAACAUGAAAACGAACAUAUUCAAAAUCGUGCUUUGCAAAUGCUUCAGCGGGAGUAUCAGAGCUUGGUCGAAAAACGACUUCAAGAUCUGAACGCUUUGCAGAAUACGCAUGAACGGGAAUUAGCUGAACUAGACAAGACAAUUCACACAUUACACAAUAAAAUUCGCGAGAAAGACUCCACAAUUUCUUCAUUGAAGGGACAAAUCAAAACUAAGGUAUUAUCUUUAUUUAUAUAUAUUAUAAAUACUUUAUUACUGAACUAGACAAGACAAUUCACACAUUACACAAUAAAAUUCGCGAGAAAGACUCCACAAUUUCUUCAUUGAAGGGACAAAUCAAAACUAAGGUUUCUGCGCUUGAGAAACGCCAGAUCGAACGCGAGAAAACACUGCAGACUCUUGUAUCCAAACUAAGUAAUGGUAAACACGAUAAAGAUUGGAUAAACAUGUGACAACAACAGGAAUAGAGAUGUUUGAUGUACGAUCAUCUCUAUAAAUAGGUUAGAAAACGAUUAUUAACAAAAUCAGAAACUACAGCUGAUUGAAUUUAGUCAUAUUUUUGUGAUAUAACUGGUAAGUAGGAAUAUUUAAUAUUUUGAUAUGCUAUGUCCAAAGUGCAUUCACUAUGCAUUCAUUACUCCAAGCAUAGAAUAGAUUAAGAUACUUAUUAAUAGAUAAUGUCCUCUGUUAAUUCAUUCCAUAACUUGCCGUAUAUUCUUACCAAUUAAAUAGUGCAGAGACUCUCUAUUCCGAUAUAUGUAUAUAUAUGCUCGUAUGUCAGUAUAUACAUGUAUACUUCUAAUGUGUAUAUAUAUAUGAAUAGCUA